AGCCAAUUGCUGAGGCUCGCUCGUUUUAGCCCAUUAACUCAGUAGUCAGCUACUUAUGGCUCGGACUAAGCAAGUACCACCUAGCAAAUUCGAUGUUGGGAAGGCUCAAGCUCACGUGUCAAUCAUUGCUCCUGGACAACCCAAGAUUGAAAUACCCGGUGGUCCAGCGCAGACAGUACCCUCUUAUGUCAAUGUGUCUUCUCCACUUGAGGUGAAAAAUAUUUUCUGUAUCCUCUGCCGAGACCUUCGAGGAAACCUUAACAUGUUCACUUGUGACGAGUGCCCACGUGUCAUCUGCACUCGUUGCGUUGACGUCCCUCCAAAUUACAUAGGAGAAUUGAAAGAAACGGACGUUAAAUUUCGCUGCAUCCUUUGUCACACAGCGUUGAUGAAGAAAUUGGACAAGCCAACACCGUAUUAUGGAUUUUUGAGGGGCGGAAAGCCUGUUCUCCCAUUCUUUCUGCCUAUCUGCACGCAGUUAGAAACAUCUAGGCGCUCCGAGAUAUCUGCGUCCCACAUUCUCAUCAUUCACUUCACACUGGUUGACCACGCGACUGUUUGGAGUCCGGCUGACAUGAUGUAUCAAUUUUUGGUGCCAUAUUUUCCGCAUGGUGGUCUCUGUAAGCUCGAUGUGGUCUUUGAUCUAGGCAGUCCAGAGAAAAUCAAAGGUUACUAUGAACAAUGCAAGCUUGCCAACGACAUUCUCAGUCAGGAUCAUCACAAGUUUGUAUGUGUGAUUACGACCCGCACUGACGACGAUGGAGACCCGUUCAUCGGCCAUACAAUGCAAGAUGAAAGUGGCUACUACAGUUCUGUUUCUGUUCCUGAGUUCUUGGAUGUUCUCUUCAAACCGUGGCAGGACGUAAUCACUCGGGCUAAAGACACAACACUGAUCUUCAUGGGCUGCUGAGCCAUCAUCAACAAUACUGCAUCGUUUCGCAAUCUGUGCUCAUCUAUCCUCGAUUCCAAACUUUCAUCUACAAUUGCGUUCACAGCUCCACACUUCCGACCAUCA